AAACCAUCGAAAAAAAACCUAAACUCACUCGACCAGCAGCGCCCACUUCCGGUGAACGGCGAACGGAGACCAUCGACGAUUCUCUCUGCUUUAGAAUUUUGACGCAGAGAAUAGAGAGGCAUCAAUCUGAAUGGGUUAUAUUCAAUAUGGAAGACACAGUCUUAGGCAGAUAUUUAGAUUUAGAAGUGCAACCGAUAUGGUCAGAAAUUCCGUGAUAUCGCAGUUGAGGUGUGCAGGCACUACAUUAUCCUCCGAUUCCCCAUUUCUUGGGAAGAGUUUUUAUUCUACUACUGCUGAUGCCAGAAUAGUGCAGGACCUUCUGGCUCAGGUGGAGAAGGAUAGGCUCAGAGAGAAAAAUGAGAGAUUAAGGCUAGGUUUGGAUACUGCCGACAUUGAUGCUGAGUGUGAAGAGGACUACAUGGGCGUGGGCCCACUCAUUAAGAAGCUUGAAAAGGAGAACCUCAAGAACCCCAGUGAAUUGUACCGCUACGAAGAGGCAACUGAUUCUGAUAGUGAAGAAGAAGAAGAAAAUGAAGACCUCCAGAAGAAGAUCCAUGAUUUCGAGAGGAAAUUCAAGAAGCACGAGGGUUUGCUCAAGAACUUCACUGAUGCCGACACACUUGAUGAUGCUUUCAAGUGGAUGAACAGAAUUGACAAGUUUGAACAGAAGCAUUUAAGGCUCCGUUUUGAGUACAGGGUUAUUGGGGAGCUCAUGAACCGCCUCAAAGUAGUAACUGAGCAAAAGGAUAAGUUCAUUCUGCAGCACAAACUUAAUAGGGCCUUGAGAUUGGUGCAGUGGAAGGAAGCUUAUGAUCCUGAUAACCCUGCCAAUUAUGGCGUCAUUCAACUUGAACAGGAGGAGCCUUCUGAGGAUGCUCUGCAAAAUGCUGGCUUUGAAAAGGAGAAGGGAACAGGAGAUAAUGCCGCUGUUGAUGAUGAUGAUGAUGAUGAGUUUGAUGAUAUGAAAGAAAAAGACAACAUAUUACUGGCCAAACUUGAUGCUAUUGACAAGAAGCUUGAGCAGAAGCUAGCAGAACUUGAAUAUACAUUUGGAAAGAAGGGUAAAGCUCUAGAGGAAGAGAUCAGAGAUCUUGCAGAGGAGAGAAAUGAGUUAACUGAGAAGAAAAGAAGGCCUCUUUACCGGAAGGGUUUUGAUGUAACAUUGAUAGAUAUGAACCGAACUUGUAAAGUCACAAAGGGAGGACAAGUUGUUAAGUACACUGCUAUUAUGGCUUGUGGAAACUUUAAUGGUGUUGUCGGUUAUGCAAAAGCCAAAGGCCCUGCAGUCCCAGUUGCUCUUCAGAAGGCAUAUGAGAAAUGCUUUCAGAAUUUGCAUUAUGUAGAGCGACAUGAGGAGCAUACAAUUGCACAUGCAGUACAAACGUCUUAUAAAAAGACUAAGGUAUAUCUCUGGCCUGCUCCCACUACAACUGGCAUGAAAGCUGGCAGAAUAGUCCAAAUCAUUCUGCAUUUAGCUGGUUUUAAGAAUGUCAAGUCCAAGGUCGUUGGUUCCAGAAAUCCUCAUAAUACAGUUAAGGCUGUCUUCAAAGCACUUAAUGCGAUUGAAACGCCAAGGGAUGUCCAAGAGAAGUUUGGCCGGACUGUUGUUGAGAAGUAUCUGUUGUGAUGGACAUGGUGAUAUGCUGAGUUCAGUUCUCCUGGAUGUCUUCCAUUGAAUCUCUUCUUGUCCUUCUUUUCAUGUUUUAGUUUAUUAUUAUUAUUAUUAUUAUUAUCUCUUAGCAAGGAGAAUUGGAAGAUAGUAUCCUGAAUGCAUUACUUGUGUGAACAUUAGGUAUGGAAUUCUACCUGUAUUUAACUUUUCAUUCG